GAAGACGCUAUGGCCAAAUUAUUGGUAAAACUCCAGCGGUAUUUUCGGCGAAAACCUGUGCGUUUCUUCACGCUGCUGGCUCUCUACCUGGCAGCCGGCAGCUUGGUUUUCCUGCAUUCGGGCUUUGCCGGGGAACCCACGGUGACGGGGACCCAGCGCGGCCCCGGGGCCGGCGAAGGACCGGGGUUGCCCUACCUGGGGGGGAUGCAGGUGGGCCGGGGUUUCACAGAGGUCACCAUGCUAAGCCAGACUUGGUCCUCCUGCGGCGCUCCCGGGGCACCAGCAGCUCCUCCUCGGCCACCAGCCCCACCGCAGCUGCUGUCACCGAUAUCCCGGGCUCACAUCGCCCAGCUGGAAAAUCAAGGGCAGAUCUUUGUUUCAAGCAUCACUCCGUGGAAACACUUCCGUUCUGCCUUUGACUUGCUAAACCGGUGGCGGUGGGUGCCGGGAGAGCCCGCACGAUACAUCGGCUGCUACGUGGACAACACUCGCCGGCGAACGCUGCGCGGCGUGUCCUUCUUUGACUACAAGAAGAUGACAGUCUUCCGUUGCCAGGACAACUGUGCCGAACGGGGCUACCUCUACGCAGGGCUGGAGUUUGGCGCCGAGUGUUACUGUGGACACAAGAUCCAGGCGUCCAACGCCAGCGAGUCCGAAUGCAACAUGGCGUGCAAGGGGGAGAGGAGCAACACCUGCGGUGGGGUCAACCGCCUCUCCAUCUACCGCCUGGAGCUGGCCCAGGAGUCCGCCAGGAGAUACGGCAGCGCAAUAUUUCGGGGGUGUUUCCGCCGGCCGGACAACGUCUCCAUCGCCCUGCCCGUCAGCCAGCUCAUGCUCAACAUGUCGGUGGACAAAUGCGUGGACUUCUGCACUGAGAAGGAGUACCCGCUGUCGGCCCUGGCCGGGACCGCCUGCCGCUGCGGUUUCCCCACCACGCUCUUCACCCUGCACGAGCGCGAGGACGAGCAGCUCUGCGCCCAGAAAUGCGCCGGUGAGGAGUUUGAGAGCUGUGGCACCGCCGAAUACCUCCUUGUCUACCAGACCCAAGUGCAAGACAACCGCUGCAUGGACAGGAGGUUUCUCCCGACCCGUGCCAAGCAGCUGGUGGCCCUGGCCAGCUUCCCCGGCGCUGGCAACACCUGGGCACGCCACCUGAUCGAGCUGGCUACCGGCUUCUACACCGGCAGCUACUACUUCGAUGGGUCUCUCUACAACAAAGGCUUCAAGGGUGAGAGGGACCACUGGCGAAGCGGGAGGACAAUCUGCAUCAAAACCCACGAGAGCGGCCAGAAGGAGAUCGAAUCCUUCGAUUCGGCCAUCCUGCUCAUCCGCAACCCCUACAAGGCUCUGAUGGCGGAGUUCAACCGCAAAUACGGGGGGCAUAUCGGCUUUGCGGGUCACCCCCACCGGGAAGGGGAAGAGUGGCCGGAGUUUGUGGCCAACUACGCGCCGUGGUGGGCGACCCACACCCUCGACUGGCUGCGCUACGGCAAGAAGGUGCUGGUGGUGCACUUUGAGGACCUGAAGCGGGACCUCUUCGUGCAGCUGCAGCGGAUGGUGGGGCUGCUGGGCAUCGCCGCCUGCGAGGACAGGCUGCUCUGCGUCGAGGGACAGAAGGACGGCAACUUUAAGCGCUCCGGCUUGCGGAAGUUGGAGUACGACCCUUACACCCCCGAGAUGAGGAAGAUGAUCAGCGCCUACAUCAAAACGGUGGACACGGCUCUGAAACUCCAAAAUCUGUCAGGGGUCCCGGAUGACUACUACCCGAGAUGA